CUGGACGGAGGAGCGCCCCUAGCGCAACGUCCUUAUCUAUGGGCCCCAGAGCGCAGAGCGUGCAGCCACCGCGUCCGCCCAGGAUGGCUCCUCCAAGCUCUGCGGCUGCCCGGGACCCGGUACCCUGUCCGGGGCCCUGAGCUCACAAACUGGUCGAGCGCACCUGCCGGCGGCUGUCGAGGGGCGCGCGGGGCAACAUGUGUCCCCGCCCGGGGCCGCCGCUGGGGCUGUGGUUGCUGCUGGGGUUCGCCUGCGCCGCGCACUCGGUGGGAGCCCCGCCCCGGCUGUGUGAUGUGCUGUGGGUGCUGCAGGAGGAACGAGACCAGUGCCUGCAGGAGCUCGAGAGAGAACGGCUGGGCGAGGAGCAGCCAGUGCCAGGCUGCCAGGGGCUGUGGGACAACGUGAGCUGCUGGCCUUCCUCUGCUCCAGGGCGGAUGGUGGAGCUGGAGUGCCCCAGGUUCCUGCGGAUGCUCACGAACAGCAAUGGUUCCCUGUUCCGGAACUGCACGCAGGAUGGCUGGACGGAAACCUUUCCCAGACCGGAUCUGGCCUGUGGAGUGAGCAUGAACGACUCAUCCCACGAGAGACAGCACGCCUACCUGCUGAAGCUGAAGGUCAUGUACACAGUGGGCUACAGCUCCUCCCUGGUGAUGCUGCUGGUCGCCCUGGGCAUCCUCUGCGCCUUCCGGAGGCUGCACUGCACCCGCAACUACAUCCAUAUGCACCUGUUCCUGUCUUUCAUCCUGCGCGCCCUGUCCAACUUCAUCAAGGAUGCCGUGCUCUUCUCCUCGGACGAUGCCAUCCACUGUGACGCCCACAGGGUGGGCUGCAAGCUCGUCAUGGUCUUCUUCCAGUACUGCAUCAUGGCCAACUACGCCUGGCUGCUGGUGGAGGGCCUCUACCUCCACAGCCUCCUCGUCGUCUCCUUCUUCUCGGAAAGGAAGUGCCUCCAGGGCUUUGUGGUCCUGGGGUGGGGUUCCCCAGCCAUGUUUGUGACUUCGUGGGCUGUCACCAGGCACUUUCUGGAAGACUCUGGGUGCUGGGACAUCAACGCCAACGCGGCCAUCUGGUGGGUCAUUCGAGGGCCUGUGAUCCUCUCCAUCCUGAUUAACUUCGUCCUCUUUAUAAACAUCCUAAGAAUCCUGACGAGAAAACUCAGAACCCAGGAAACAAGAGGACAAGACAUGAACCAUUACAAGGCGCCAUGGAGAUCCAGCUGUUUUUCGAAUUGGCCCUCGGCUCAUUCCAGGGGCUGGUGGUCGCCGUCCUCUACUGCUUCCUCAACGGGGAGGUGCAGCUAGAAGUUCAGAAGAAGUGGCAGCAGUGGCACCUCUGGGAGCCGCCGCUCUGCCCUGUGGCCCUCAGCUCCUCCUUCAGCAACGGCACCAGCAGCCUCAACAGCACCAAGGCCUGCCCCUCGGGGCGCAGCCGGG